UUUACAGAAAUGAGCUGUUAAUGGAUUUGCUCUUCACAGAGAAUCUUAUCUAUAGCCCAAGUUUUCAGAGAUUAAUCUGUCCAGGACCUUAUAAAGCAGCCAUGUUAUUAAGGUCAUUUAAGCAGUUCUAGUCCAUGGAAAAGCUCUAGUUUAUUUGUUUUUAUAAAUUCCAGUGACACAAAGUUGGCUGGAGACUCUAUGGCAUUAAUCAUUUCCUCUCUGCCGUCUGUCAGCUUGCAAACAUGGGCAUAGGGAGUGCCCAACCUGCCCUCUGCCCGAUUCUGCCCUCCUGCACACCCCUGAGCUCUUGCAAGUUCAUGGGGAUGAACUUGAAGUAGUGACUCUUUGCUGAACUAGUGCACUCUCUCAAGUAACUCCUGGUGAAGGCGGCAGCAAAGUAUGCUCCUGGAUAAAAAAUAGCCAUGGUCUGCGGUUUCCCUCCCGUCGGCUGACCUGCGUGGUGCCAAGUUCCACAUGUGAUCGAAUGACGAAGAAGGAGAUGUCAGUGAAAAGAAGGAUCCAGAAUGAUUACUAACCUAUGACUCCCAACAGUAUGACAGAAAAUGGCCUUCCAGCCUGGGACAAACCGAAGCACUGUCCAGACCUGGAGGAGGACUGGAAGCUAGUAGGAAUGUCCGAAGGCUGCCUACACAGGAAGAGCCAUUCAGAGAGGCGCAGCACCCUGAAAAAUGAACAGGCGUCACCGCAUCUCAUCCAGGCCACUUGGACCAGCUCCAUAUUCCACCUGGACCAUGAGGAUGUGAACGACCAGAGCAUCUCAAGUGCCCAGACCUUCCAGACGGAAGAGAAGAAAUGCAAAGGAUACAUCCCCAGCUACUUAGACAAGGACGAGCUCUGUGUCGUGUGUGGUGACAAAGCCACUGGGUAUCACUACCGCUGCAUCACGUGUGAAGGCUGCAAGGGUUUCUUUAGAAGAACAAUUCAGAAAAAUCUCCAUCCAUCCUAUUCCUGCAAAUAUGAAGGAAAAUGUGUUAUAGACAAAGUCACGCGAAAUCAGUGCCAGGAAUGUCGCUUUAAGAAAUGCAUCUAUGUUGGCAUGGCAACAGAUUUGGUGCUGGAUGACAGCAAGAGGCUGGCCAAGAGGAAGCUGAUAGAGGAGAACCGGGAGAAGCGACGGCGGGAAGAGCUGCAGAAAUCCAUCGGGCACAAACCAGAGCCCACAGAUGAGGAAUGGGAACUCAUCAAAACUGUCACCGAAGCCCACGUGGCCACCAAUGCCCAAGGCAGCCACUGGAAGCAGAAACGGAAAUUUCUGCCGGAAGAUAUUGGACAAGCACCAAUAGUCAAUGCCCCAGAAGGUGGGAAGGUGGACUUGGAAGCCUUCAGCCAUUUUACAAAAAUCAUCACACCAGCAAUCACCAGAGUGGUGGAUUUUGCCAAAAAGUUGCCUAUGUUUUGUGAGCUGCCAUGUGAAGACCAGAUAAUCCUCCUCAAAGGCUGCUGCAUGGAGAUCAUGUCCCUUCGCGCUGCAGUGCGCUAUGACCCAGAGAGUGAGACUCUAACCCUGAAUGGGGAAAUGGCAGUGACACGGGGCCAGCUGAAAAACGGGGGUCUUGGGGUGGUGUCAGAUGCCAUCUUUGACCUGGGCAUGUCUCUGUCAUCUUUCAACCUGGAUGACACCGAAGUAGCCCUCCUUCAGGCCGUCCUGUUAAUGUCUUCAGAUCGCCCAGGGCUCGCCUGUGUUGAGAGAAUAGAGAAAUACCAAGAUAGUUUCCUGCUGGCCUUUGAACACUAUAUCAAUUACCGAAAACACCACGUGACCCACUUCUGGCCAAAACUCCUGAUGAAGGUGACAGACCUGCGCAUGAUCGGAGCCUGCCAUGCCAGCCGCUUCCUGCACAUGAAGGUGGAAUGUCCCACGGAACUCUUCCCGCCUCUGUUCUUGGAAGUGUUCGAGGAUUAGACGGACUGGAUUUGUUCUCAUAAUUCCUACAGCACUACUGGGUGUCAUUUCAUUCCAUUGCCUAGCUCUUUUGUUCGUUUCUUUGUUUCUUGUUGGGAGGGAUCGUCUGGGGGAAAGGGAGGUCGUCCUCGGCAUAGACAUGGAUGAAACUGUCCCUUGAAUGCGGGUCCUUGUAACUAUUGCAUUUUGUUCCCCGGUCCUUCGAUGUGAAUGCUUUGGAGGUUUUACAGUUGUGGAGGCAGGGGAGGGGGGGAGGGGGGACAAUCAUCAAUUCACCAGCACCUGGCCAUCACCAGCUCCCACCCGUCCCUUGUCAGAGACUCAAGCUAGCCAAAUGGCACUGCAGAAGAGUAAAGAAGCCUUAAAACCGAGAUAAUGCCGCCAUCGUGAUCCAAUCCUGAUUUUUGCAGGGCUCAAGGUAGCAGAGCACAAACCACCUUUGGUUAGAUGUGGCUUUCAGCUUUUUAGGGAAAGAAUCAAAUUUUCAUCUACUCGAGAGCAUGCUCUUUUCAGCACUCUCUCCUUCCCGCAUAACUUGGACUGUACAGGAAUACUGGUGUCCUAACAAAUCAGCUGUCCCUUCAUCAUUUUUGUGACCUUGUGAUUUAAUUUCAAGUUACACAGGAGUAUGACUCAAAAGAUACGCAGGUAUCUGGCUGAUUGAGGCCCCAGGGAGAAUAAUUUUCUUGAGCGAGCCCAAAGAAAUUGGAAAUCUUCACCAAUGUUAGUGAUUCCGCAGUUUCCAAAACUUCACGCACGAUUACCUCAUGGUAGGAAGACUUCUCUAGAGCUGAGGGUCACAGAACAUUCCCACAGAAGUCAAACCUGUUUAUAGGGUGUCGUCAUGUUUCAAUGGCAUCUGGUCUGCCAUCUCCCGAGCUGCUCAAGUUAUUUAUCCUGGCUGCACCUUUGCUGAGUUAACAGAUUUCCCUAUGGAUCAAGUCUUCUAAUCAAGGCGAGAUACACAAGCUGAAAUUUGAGUCUGGUUUGGAGAAUUCCAAGGAGAGAUUAGCGCUGUUGAAUUCCAAAUUGAAGGAAAUCCAGUAUUCAUGUGCUGGGUGACUUGGGAAUGUUUCCUUCGGGUCGCACGUCCUCAAGAGAUUUUCUUUAUUCACAAAUAUUCCCUCCAACUCUGAGGCACUAAAUCGCUCAACUCUCCCUACAUAAGACGGGUCCUAUCCCCUUUAUAGCACUAUUCUGACAGAUAUUCAGCAGGAAACCCCUGAGGGUCACAUACCAGAACACUGUCACCUUCCCCACCCAACCUCCCUCUCCGAUGAGGGAGUAGAUGUGCCCAGAAAAGAAACGGUGACACCUCAUCACUUCAGCAUCAGAAAAUGGGCAAAGAAUGUACCCAUGCAAUUGAAUGUAUCUCAUUCUUCACUGGCAUAGUAGAUAUAAACUGCCUUUUACUGCCUUAUCCUGGAAAUAUUGGGGAAAAUAAGCCAUAUCCAUGAGAUUUACCUAAAAACAAAGGAAUGAUAGUCACUGUGAAAACCAAGUGGACUCAUUUUCUUUAGGUUUGGUGGAGCCGAACCAGCCUAGAAGUCAGGGUGCCCAAGUUCUGGUUUGUGCUCUGUCAGCUGGUGGUUUCUGGACCUUAGUUCUUGGUUUUCUUAUCUGGUAAAUAAGACAUGAUGUCCUAAAUCCUCACCUUCCAUAUUGUAUGAAUUUUAGGGGGUGAGGGUGGAAUACCGUUCUUUGAAUGGUUUCUUUUAUAAUCAAAUUUCAAGCUUCAUUAGACAAACAAGUGUGGCCCAUUAGCAGUUAAGAGAUGUAUAUUUGAUAUGGAUGGUGAAGACGAAUUUGCACAAUGCUAGCCAAGGAUUUAGAGGAAGACAGGAUGGUCUUGGAGAAAGAAAAGAAACAGCACUGAAAAUCCCCAGCAGGACUGGAAAUAAUGUGAGGGGAGGGGAAUUGUAUGUUUGAUGUGCUAAAGCAAUUACAUUGGCUUCUGGGAAAAGACUAUCGCUACAGUACUUGUUAAUCAGAUAUAGGAAGUGGGUGAAGAGAUUAAAAUAUAAGCAUGAAGUUGUUAGGCAGAUUACCUGCCUUAAUAUUAUCUAUAUAGAUAGUUGGUUUGGGUUGGUUUGGAUUUGGGGUUUUCUAGGCAGCCUCUAGCCAGUCUCCUUACACGUUUGCCUUGCCAACAUCUCAACUCCCUCUGUUGGCUCCCCCUUGGAAACUCUCUGCAAAAUGAACCACCACUUCUAGCUCCAGAGUAACAGAGAAGUUUACUGUGUGGAGCAAGUUUUCUUUCCAAAAGCACCCAGAGAAGGCAAGCAGGUGAGCUACUAGACAGGCUCAUGGAUUCUAGGGCAUCAGGGUUUCCAGAGAAUGUUUCCUUGUGUUGCUUGACAGAAUGCCCAGGACAUCAGAUUCCCAGAUGCUAAUGGCAGUGCAGACCCUGCUAUCAAGCUAUAUCAGAAGGCUUUGGGGAUUAACUAUGAUUGGGUGUUGUUCAAUGGUAGAUCCGGCUAGCCCUGAGCAGAGAAAAUAUUAGAUCUCCCACUCCUUAAAUGACUGCCUUACACAGGCAAACCCCUGGUCUAGCAGCCCUGUUGAAGGCUGAAUACUUCACACUAAGUAGGACAGCUCACAGUACUUCAAUUUGAGGGAAGAAGAUUUAAGGAUUCAAAGGAUCAUGACUGUGGAGGUCAGAGCAACUAAACUCACUCCUUCUGAAACUGACGGAGAUACUUAGUGCAUCUCAAAACUCCAUCUCAAAAAGCUCUACUGGGAGGAAUUUGCUGGGGAUUUCUUACAUUUUUUUUAACAUUUUUUUCCUUAUAUUGUCCGGACUUUCAAAUCAAGUAUGGACCUAAUGGAAAUGGCCUUCACCCCUGCCCCCAACCGUGGGGAGACAUUCCAGGAGAGCAGGACAUACCCACACUGCGGGGAUUCCUACCUAAAAGUUGCUCACAGUUAGGGACACAUAGGCACAGGUGCUCGGGGCACGCGCGUGUGUAUGCGAUCGUGAGGGUUGUGUGCGUGCGCAUGUGUGUUUUUAACCCUCAAGUGUACUUUGCUCUUCAAUUUAGACAUGUAGUCCUUCCAGAAACAGUGGGGGGAAAAAGAGCUUUCCUCCUUUAUGAUUCUGCUCAAAACACGACGUGCCGCCUCAGAGCUUUUUAAUAGUCAAACAAGCUCAGUCCUCAAUGACGCGCUUGACGUGUUGAUGCUCAGCCCAGCGAUGUCCCCUCACUUGGGCCCCAAGGGACACCUCAGCCUGCAGUGCAAUCACCCCCGGAGGGCUGCCAGGCCCAGCUCGGCUCCAGCAACCCAUUCCCCGUUGCUCCUCUGUGAACAGGUGUACAGCCUCGGCCCCUCCUCAACACUAAGCCCCCAGACAGCCUCCACGGAACUGCUGAGCACCCCCAAAGCAUGUCCUUGUCAGUGAUACAUUUUUAUUCCAUGGAACUCUAACCUAUUCGUGUCAUAUUGACCUUUUGCUGCAUGAGUCAUAAAUUAUGAAAUCGGUCUUAUGGUUUUUGAAAUGUAGCCAGCAUUUGUAAGGCUAAACCUUUUUCAAGAACUUAAUGUAAGUGAAUAACCAAGCCACAGCUCCUCCUCCAAAGGAGAGCGAUGACACAUUUGAAUCUCUUUGCCCUUUCCAACCACGAUGGCAUCAGGUUCUAAAAUAAGCUCGUAAUUUUUCCUGUUAUUUUAAUAAUAUGGAAAUAUUAGCCUAGUGUUUCUUUCAUAGUGAUAGACUAUAAUCCAUAUUUAAAUUUUAUAGAGAAGAAAUUUUAUUGUACUGUGAUGUAGAUAUUUAUUAUCCAGGUAAGGAUUUGCCCGGUGUGUAUUUUUUACAAUUGAAACAUUUUACUUUAAUCUUUAAAAAAAAAAAAAAAGUUAAAAAACAUACACACAGAAAAAAAAACAAGGGGAAAAAAAGGUUUGGCCUUAUCACAGAAUUUUUACUGUGCUGUAUAAAUGUUUGCAAAUGCAAAAAGUGUGCAUUUCUAGUGUGUUUCCACAUUAAUUAAUGCCGCCUUCAAGAGCAAUAUCGUGCAGGUAAUAACGCUGUUUGUGGCUUUCUGUUGCACAGUUAAAGCUGACCCACCUUAUGCACAAGACAAUCAAAUAUAAAUCUGUCCUCCUCAGGAUGCAGAUAAUACUCAUGUACACAUGGAGCACAAUGUAAGACAAAAGACGACUUUUUACACGUGUAUUGUUGAUACGGCAAUUAUCAGGGCAUGAAUGCACUCACAGGACUUCACCCCACUUUUCUUUCUUUCCAUAUGAACAUCUUUAAUUUCAUCAUAGAUCCAAAUGAGUUCUCCACCAUGCCUUCUUCAGAGAAAACACUUUCCCCCCAUAAUGUUUUCAUGCCCUGAUAAUCAGAAAAAUGCUACAGAAUAGAACAGUCAUUGGAAGAUGUGUGUUUUGCAAACAGUGUUAAGUGAUAUUGCUAGAUUGGUAAUAUUUUUCUCAGCCUAAAACUCUGUUGAAAUCUGUGAUCAAAAAUGUUUUAAACUAUCCAAAAAGAAAAUUUGUAUAUUUGGGAAAAAUGGAUUUUUACAUAGCUUUUGUAUGCAAAUAUUAAAUUGUAAUUAUGAAUAUA